UCCUGUUGCCAAGGGAACGCCGCGCGCUGAGGCGCCUGCUCAGCCCCUGAUGCUCUUGCUGAGGCUGAAGCUGCCAGUUUCCCCAACUAGUAGAGGCGGCUUUGCCCAAGACAAGGGGUCUUUCCGAUGGAGUCCUAGAGAGGAAGGCUGAGGCACUUCCGUACCAGAUUUCCUUCUCAGAAGCUGAUACUAGCGAGUGCAUCCAUUACGGUUCCUCACAAGCUCCUGGGCCCUCCAGACCAGCUUCAAGAUCAGAUUAGCAAAUAUUGAAAAAUUAACCAUAACCUGUGUUGAUAAAAGGAAUAGAAAGCUUCAUCCACUGUUGCCACUUUGUAUAUAUUGGAAUAACAGUAUGGGAUUGCUAGACCGACUUUCAGGUUUGCUUGGCCUGAAGAAGAAGGAGGUUCAUGUUUUGUGCCUUGGGCUGGAUAACAGUGGCAAAACAACAAUCAUUAACAAACUUAAACCUUCAAAUGCUCAAUCUCAAGAUAUAGUUCCAACAAUAGGAUUCAACAUAGAGAAAUUCAAAUCAUCCAGUUUGUCUUUUACAGUGUUUGACAUGUCAGGUCAGGGAAGAUAUAGAAAUCUCUGGGAGCACUAUUAUAAAGAAGGACAAGCCAUUAUUUUUGUCAUUGAUAGUAGUGAUAGACUCAGAAUGGUUGUGGCCAAAGAAGAGCUUGAUACUCUUCUGAAUCAUCCAGAUAUUAAACACCGUCGAAUUCCAAUCUUAUUCUUUGCAAACAAAAUGGAUCUUAGAGAUGCAGUGACAUCUGUAAAAGUGUCUCAGUUGCUGUGUUUAGAGAACAUCAAAGAUAAACCAUGGCAUAUUUGUGCUAGUGAUGCCAUAAAAGGAGAAGGAUUGCAAGAAGGUGUAGACUGGCUUCAAGAAAAAACAGUACAAUCAGAUCCAGUCUGUGAAGACAUGAAAAGAUAGGAUCUAGAAACCUCAACAAUUUUGAAUCCAAGGAAUAUAUUUAAUAUAAACGAAGUACUUUAAAAUCUUUUAAAGGUGUGUGUACAUCCAGGAAUACUUUAUAAUAUUCUGUUUGCAUUAAUGGACUUUGAAGAACUUUUUAAGACCAUAGGAAUUUCAGGUAUGCUAAUCUGGCUAUUUGUUACAUAAAAACUAAAUCUUUCCUCAAAAGGAAUCCCUAGAAUUAUCAACUUUUUGGUAAAGAUCUACAUUUGAUUGUAAUCAGAAUGUUUGAAAGAGUUAUGAGCCAUCUCAAUAUCCCAUCAUGAUUUAUGAUCUUUAAUGUAUUUUAUUUUUGUCUUUUUAAAUAUGUAGUUUAUGGUAUGAUUUUGCAGUAUGAAUUGUGCUUUUGAAAAUAGCUUUAAAUAUUUAUAAAGGACCAUGGAUAAUUAAUAUAUAUUAAUUUUUUAGUAUGUGUCAUUAUCAAUAAAACAAAAAAGGCAGUUUACCAACUUGCAUGGUUUGUUUUUGCUGAAAAAAAUAAUAUUGUGUAAUGUGGUAUUUGGUGUUUUACUGCCAACAUUUGUACAUAAUCUGAGGCCAAGAUAAACAAAUUUUUUUUAUUCAAUGUGUUUUAGACAUCUCUACCCUGAACAGUCAGGCAUAGUCCCAAGGCAAUGGUGAUACAAAAUACGUUAAGUCAUUCCUUAUUUUCACAGAACUUAAAAUAUAAUGAGGGAGAAUCUGAGCACCUUUUCAAACAUGGCAAAUAAUUUCAUUUUAUUAGCUGAAUGAAAAUAUUACAUCUUUAGAUUUAAAGUAAAACAGUAAAUUAAUGUUGGACUUUAACAAUUAUCAUAAAUUGUUUUUUCCUUUAAAAUGCCUCUGUGUUGGUCACUUUUCUGUUACUGUAACAAAAUU